GGAGCUGUCAAACAGCAACAGUCGUUUGAAAUAUUAUCACGGGUGAUACAGGGGGAACCGCCGCUCUUUCCUUCUUUUUUGGACAACGUAACGGCAGCGGUAAAGUUUACUUUCAACUCGGGAUCACGCCUUUUGGAUAUGUGGACUUUGUAGACGUCACGGUGGGAAACUUAUGGUUUGUGCGUGUUUGUGGGAUCUCGGGCUAAUGUCUGUUAGCUCUUUGCCUCGCUUGAGUUUUGUUGACAAACUAGCCCGUCCGCUAGUCACUGAGCUAGCAACGUUGUUGUGGCGUUAGUUUUUUAUUUUCCUUUUUUUUCUCCGUUUUCUCGAAAUGCCUCCUGGUAGAAAACGGUUAUCCCAGCUUGGACUUUACUUGUAAACUCCCCAAUGCAAUAUAAACAGGUCUCUAAGGACUCACAGUUUCUCUGCCAUGUGAAGGCCUGUCAUACUGGCCUUGUCUGGUACCAGCAGCGAGGAACUGGACUAGCAAGAAUCCGCUUGGAUCUUGCCAGGUACAAACUGAGCACACGCUGGGCUGCCGUGAAACUCUCGGCUCUGCAGAGAACAAUUGAGUCCUCUUUGUCAUGUGGGUACAUCACAGAAAAAGGCCCGCAUUACCCUGUCACCUUUUUCCACAUCGCUAUGGACCGGAAUAAACGCAACUCUAUCGCCGGGUUUCCCACACGGCCCGAACGCCCCACUGAGGAUGGAGACGGUGCUGGAGGGGUAGGAGUCUCUGAGAUGGGCCCGCCCUCACAGGUGGGCAGGGUGUGUCCGUCCUCCUACAGAGCCCUCAUCAGUGCCUUUUCCUGUCUCACACGCCUCGAUGACUUUACGUGUGAAUGGAUUGGCUCUGGAUUCUUCUCCGACGUCUUCAAGGUUCGCCAUCGAGCCACAGACCAGGUCAUGGCUCUGAAGAUGAACAAACUCAGCAGCAACAGAGCCAACAUGCUGAGAGAGGUCCAGCUAAUGAACCGCCUCUGCCAUCCAAACAUCCUCAGGUUUAAGGGAGUGUGUGUCCAUGAAGGCCAGCUUCACGCUUUGACAGAGUACAUCAAUGGUGGAAAUCUGGAGCAGCUUUUGGACAGCAACAAACAUCUGAGUUGGCCCACCAGGGUGAAGCUCGGCUGUGACAUCGCCAGCGGUGUGGCCUAUUUGCACUCCAAAGGCAUUUUCCACCGGGACCUUACCUCCAAGAACUGCUUGAUAAGGUGCGAUGACAACGGCUACACGGCAGUGGUGGGAGAUUUCGGCCUGGCAGAGAAGAUCCCCACCAAUCUCGCUGAAGGAGAGAAGCUGUCCGUGGUCGGUUCUCCUUUCUGGAUGGCUCCAGAGGUGCUGAGAGACGAGUCCUACAACGAAAAGGCCGAUGUGUUUUCCUAUGGAAUAAUCCUGUGUGAAAUCAUAGCGAGGGUGCAGGCCGACCCGGACUUCCUUCCCCGGACCGAGAACUUCGGCCUGGACUACCACACCUUCCAGCACAUGGUUGGAGACUGUCCGCCUGACUUCCUCCAGCUGGCCUUCAACUGCUGCAACAUGGAUCCUAAGCUCCGUCCAUCCUUCCCAGAUAGCGUCCGGCACCUGGAGGAGAUCUUUGCACGCCUUAAAGUGGAAGCGAUGGAGCAGGAGUGCGCGCCGCUCGGCGGCGAGAACGAUAAGAAGAGCCUUCCCAAAGGUGAGAAGAUCCAGGGCUUUAAACGACUGAACCCUCUCGGCUUCCAAAAUGACAAAAUCCCCCCCAAAUCCCCGCGGCCCAGACGAAAUAUUUGGCUCAGCCGCAGCCAAUCGGACAUCUUCUCCUGCAAGCCGGGAAGAAAAAUAAACGUCCAAGACCCUUACUACAACCCGCCCAGCUCCCAGAGAGCGGCCAAAGUCCGCAAGGUCAACCCCUUCACCGCCCGAGAGGACCUGUGCGGGGGCAAGAUCAAGUUUUACGACGUGCCCAGCAAGUCGGUCUUCUCGCUGGUGUUUGACCUCCACUCGCCUCCGGGCAGCGCCUUCAGCCACCAGCCGGCCGCCCACGGGCCCGGAGGAGCCCAGCAGGAGACGUCCUACUACUGGCAGCAGCUGCCGGGGAGGCUGUGCCACUCCCUGCCCGUGUCCCCCCAGCUGCCCCGCUCUGAGAUCUUCCAGCUGGCCGCCGCCGCCGUGGGCUCCAACUACAACGGGUCUGUGACCUGUAGCUCCGCCCAGAUGUCCGCCACCCUCCCAGCGGCGAACUCCAGAGGGGACGGCGGUCUGACGGCGUCCAUCGACGGCCGGCAGCGGGCGGCGUCGGGCGGCUGGGGAAAGAAGUACGUCGUGGUAGAGAUCCCACCUUACUGCGGGCAGAGAGGGUGGGGCGACGAGGAGGAGGCGGACAGGAGGAAGGGGGCAGGCAAGGGGGAGGUGGGCUGCUGCCCGAUGCUGACCAGCGGCGAGGCGGACGGCGGGGAGGCCAUGGACUGCUCCAGCAGCCGAGAGGAAGAGAGGGACGGCCAGAGAGCCACAGACGUGUGACAGAUGUGUGACAGAGGUGAGGAGGUAGGGAAGGACAGGGAAAGGCAGGUGGAGACCACGAAAAAGCACUCCAGCUUUGUCACCUUUCAAGUGACUGUUGGAAAGGUUCACGGUUUAGCUUAACGUCUGGUUUUCAAAGCUCUCCCACUAGCACAGACCCGUUAUUUUUUUUCUUAAAAAAGAUUGUUCAUAUUUAAUUUCGUGAGGUGUAGAUUUUCUUCCCUUCAAGCCGUCUCGUUCUCCAGGAGGGACGUUGAAGAUCCUUCGUGCUGCGCGUCCAAUUUAAAGCCGCGUUCGGAUGUUUUCUUUGAGAUAAACAAAACCUUCACAUGUUACUGUGCGCCCGCACUCCCCUGAGAAUAGAUACCAGGUUUAAAGGCGGGGGGGAUAUCUGAAUUCAGAUCAAUUCAGGGAAGAGGAGACUUUUUUGUUGGAAACCUCUCACUCGUAUUUUUCCACUUAGGUCAGCACUUACAGCCCGCUCCGUUUCCCUCAGAGACCUUUGCUCUUUGUUUUUGUUUUUUGUUUUCAUUGCAGUUUGGCUAAGAAAAAGUUCCCAUUUCAGUCAAACAGCGACUCAAGCUGUCGAUUUCAGUUUGAAAGCCAUCUCUCAAAUUUCACGUCAGUUUUCGAAAACAGACUUUUUUUUCCUUCUCAGCUGUCAAGGUGAUUCUGAACCGUCCAAAUUAACCCAGACGCCAGUUCAUUUAUUAAAACAGAAAAUUCCACUAAGAAUCACGCCUUUUCAGAUAAAGCCAGAGUCAGAUGAUUUUUUAGAAAGUCAUGUUUACUGUUUAGCUCCAGUGUUGAGAAACAUUAUAAACUCAGAAAUCCUCUCAGAUUUCAGCCGACUGAGUGUUAUUUUCAGAGCUGGGAGCUGGAACGGCUCCGGCCCAGCGGGUCCCCCCCCCC